GGUACUGGACGGCGCGGGUUGCUAGUUUGCAGCUUUGCUUGGCGAUUAUCGUGCUUUAAAACCCUGCCGAGCCAUGCAGCUACUUUCCUGCUGGGACUCCGUGAAACUUGGCUGGCUCUUCAGUAGACGCUAGGGCUGCGUUGUGGAGGCAGCCGAAGCCACUUGCGGAGAAGGUGCCUGUGAGGGGCGUACCCCCUUGCCAUGAAGAAGAUUUUUGGCUUCAGAAGUAAGGGCCCGUCGCCGUUAGGCCCCUCUGCUCGCCCGCGGAACAACUGCGUGGGCUUUGGGCGUGAGAGUGCUAGUGGCGCCCACAUGCCCAGGUACCACAUUCACGACAAGGAUAUGGGCAAGAUCCACAAGGCUGCAAGCGUGGGUGACGUAGCCAAAGUACAGCAUAUCCUUAUCCUUGGGAAAAGUGGCGUGAACGAUAGAGACAAGAAGGACAGAACGGCGAUCCAUCUUGCCUGUGCUUACGGCCAUCCAGAAGUGGUGACUCUCUUAGUAGAGAGAAAGUGUGAGGUCGAUGCCCGUGACGGCGAGAGCAGCACGGCGCUCAUUAAGGCCGUACAGUGCCAAGAAGAAGAAUGUGCCACUAUACUGCUGGAGCAUGGUGCCAAUCCGGAUAUGAUGGACAGCCGCGGCAACACUGCCCUCCACUACGCCGUCCUCAGUGAGAACACGUCCAUAGUGGCCAAACUGCUUGCACACAAUGCAAAUAUGGAAGCCAAAAACAAGGAUGACCUCACACCUCUGUUACUUGCUGUAAAGGAAAAUAAACAGCAUAUUGUGGAAUUUUUAGUAAAGAAAAAAACCAGUUGUCAUGCAGUUGAUCAGCUGGGAAGCAACAGACAAAUAUUUGAAUAUGAUGGGAAGAGACAAAAAAAUUCUGAAAAUAGCAAUCCAGUGGAUAACGGUUCUGAAGAUGAAUCUUUAAGCAGGUCUUCUCGCAUACCCGAUCCUGCUGAUUCCUGGCCUUCAUCAGAUGAGGAUGACUACAGUUUUGAUACCAAGAAUGUCCCCAAAAUUAACUUAACAGAGCUAUGGGCAGCUGCUCAACAGUCUAAGAAAAACCAAACAAAAUGUGGCAUUGAGAACCUAGAAAAUAGUAGCCUGUUUGACAAUAGUAAUUCCAACAGUGAAAAUGAAGAUGCAGUUGAAAUUGGUCCUGGGACAUCAGCCAGAGUCCUGGCCUCUUCUCCGUCCUGUACAUCACCUGACCCAGUGGAAGGAGCAACUGAGCCUGCAAUUGGAAGAGAAGAAAAUGGUACUGAUAUUGUUGAAAGUGCUUCACAAGAAAAUGAUACUGAUAUUGUUGAAAGUGCUUCACAAGAAAACGGUGCUGAGAUUGUCGAAAGUGCUUCGCAAGAAAACGGUGCUGAUGUUGUUGAAAGGGCUUCACAAGAACAACCAAACCAUAGCAAUUUAACCUAUGCCAGUGGUUGGCACAAAAGUAAUAAAAGUGAAAUGAUGACUGCGUUAGGAUUAGGAGAAGAUGAAGAUGAAGAAUCACCUUGGGAUUCUGAGAGUAUCUCCGACAGUGUUUCACUGAGAGGUGUAGAUCGUUUCUGUGGUACUGCAGAUCCGACAGGAGAGGCAAGAGUACACGGACAGGUGGAAGAUGUGACUUAUAUACCUUCUUGCAUGAGUGGAUCAAGAAACUUUAAGAUGGCUAAACUAGAGGAAUCAAGAAAUGUAGGCAUUCCAGUAGCCCACAAGGAGACCCUCAGGAAGUAUCCAGUCAUGGAGCCUAGCAUCAAAAAGCCGGAUCCUGUUGUGAACAAAACAGCAGGAAUGAAGGCUGUACAGACGUUCAAAUCAGAACCAGACUUAGAAGAGCAGAAAGGGCUCAGUGGCAGUGAGGACAGCCAGAGAAAGGCUGAAGAAAAAAGAAAAUACAAAAAUAAUGAAGCAAAAUUAUCAGGAAGUCUGUACAAUGGUGCUGCUGACAGGGUUGAGAAUGGAGUAAAUCAGCAGAGUGGAAAAACUGAUGACCAGCAGUUUCCUAUGAAGGGAAGUAAAGAACAUGAUAGAGGUCCUCCCUUGCUUAUGAAGGAAAUGAAGAAAACGGAAAAUGAAAAGUGUGUAUCCAGAGAAUCCGUCACGAUGCCAGUGACUGAGAAGCCUGGCUCACCACCUGGUGAUCCACUACACCUGCAGGAUGGCUCCAGUCUAAGUGACACAGACCAAAGUGAAACGAGGCCCACAAAGAAAACAUCUAAUAAAAAUAACAAGGUCAGAAACCAAGUGGCCUCUGUGGACAACCUCGAUGACUUGAAUGAGUCCUCUGAAACAGCCUCCGAGGACUGCGAGCUCCAGUGCCCCGAUUAUGAGAGCGUUCUGUGUGAAAUCGAGCAUCUCAGGAUGGAGUGUAGAGAUAUUGUUAGUCUUCUGAAAAUCCGGGACGCCGUUUAUUCCUAUAAAAGAUUAAUAGAAUUUAAAAGAAGCCAUUGUGAACUACUUACAGGAAAACUUAAAAGAAUGGAAAAUAAAUUUAAGGAAUUGCAGAAGGAAGUAUCAGAAACAAAAGAAGUAAGAUCACUGCUAGAGCAUGAGAAGGCGGAAUGGGAGCAGGAGCUCUCCAGUCUGAGGUUUGCACUGAAACAAGAGGAAGAGAAGCGGAGAAGUGCAGAUCUGCUUUCUGAGAAAACUAUGGAGCAGCUUAGGAGAAAAGAUGAGCAGUAUCAGAGCGAGGUUGAGGUGAAGCAGCAGCUUGAAGUCUCUCUCAGAACACUGGAUAUGGAGCUGAAGACAGUAAGAAAUCAUUUGAACCAGGUUCUAGAGGAGCGGAAUGAGAUUCAGAGGCAGCUUUCCCAAGAACAGAAUGCCAGAAUGUUACAAGAUGGGAUUCUUGCAAAUCACCUUUGCAAGCAAAAGGAGAUCGAAAUGGCACAGAAGAGAAUGACUUCCGAGGUUUCUGUCAGUCAUGAGAAAGAGAAAGAUCUGUUGCAUAAGAACCAGAGGUUGCAGGAUGAAAUUGCCAUGCUAAGACUGGAGAUGGACACAGUAAAAAGGCAUAACCAGGAAAAGGAAAAGAAGUAUCUUGAGGAUAUUAAGACUGCAAAUGAAAAGAGUGAUAAGCUUCAAAGAACGAUAAAGCUAAAUGAAGAAACAUUUACAAAAACAAUAUUCCAGUAUAACGGGCAGCUUAAUAAUCUUACAACUGAGAAUACAAUGCUGAGUUCUAAGCUGGAGAAUGAAAAACAAAAUAAAGAAAGACUGGAAACAGAUGUUGAAUCAUUCCGCUCUAGACUGGCUUCUGCUAUGCACGACCAUGCUGAAAUUCAGGCCUCGAAAAGAGACCUAGAAAUUGCUUUCCAGAGGGCAAGAGAUGAGUGGCUUCGUUUGCAAGACAAGAUGAACUUUGAUCUGUCUAACCUCAGAGAUAACAAUGAGAUUCUCUCCCAACAGCUUUCCAAAACUGAGAAAAAACUGAAUAGCCUAGAAAUUGAGUUUCAUCAUGCAAAAGAUGCGCUUAGAGAAAAGACUUUGGCUUUGAAGCAUGUACAAAGAGACCUCAACCAGACACAGUGCCAGAUGAAGGAGGUUGAGCAUCUGUACCAAGAUGAGCAAGGGAAGGUGAACAAAUACAUGGGAAAGCAAGAAUCCAUAGAGGAGCGGCUGUCUCAGCUGCAGAGCGAGAACAUGCUGCUCCGACAGCAGCUGGACGAUGCUUCCAACAAAGCCGACAGCAAAGACAAGACGAUAGUUAAUAUCCAAGACCAGUUCCAUGAUAUGCUAGGCAGACUCCAAGCGGAGGGCCAGAAGCACAGGCUGAUGCUGGAAGAGAGAAACAAGGAGUUAGUCAGUGAGUGCAGUCACUUCAAAGAGAGACUGUGCCAGUAUGAAAAUGAGAAAGCGGAAAGAGAAGUGGUAGUGAGGCAGCUCCAGCAGGAACUGGCUGACACCCUCAAGAAGCAGUCUAUGUCAGAGGCUUCCCUCGAGGUCUCCUCACGCUACCGCAGUAAUUUAGAAGACGAGGCACGAGAUUUAAAGAAGAAAUUAGGUCAGCUCAGAAGUCAGUUGCAAGAAGCACAGGAUCAACACAGAGAGGCUGUACAACAUACUGAGAAGAUGCAAGACCACCUACAAAAGCUUGAACUUGAAAAUUCCAACUUUAAAAUUACAAUAAAAAACCAGUCGGAGAAAAUUGAGCAACUUCAGGAAAACCUGUCAAGUGUGAAUUUGUCUGAAGAUGACAAAGAAAAACUGAAGAAACUUGCUGAGGUGAAGGAAUCUCUGGAGUGUACUUUGGAGCAGGAACAGAAGAGAAACGAUGCAUUAGAGGAAGAACUGAGGGAAUUUAAGGAACUCUUAAAAAAGACCAAAAAAGAAUUAAGUGAACAUGAAAACAGAGAACUUAAUCUCCAUCAAGAUAUAAAAAACAGUCAAUUUGAAAUGGAUAUCCCAGUUAAUAUGCUAAUAAAAAAGAUUGAUGAUCUUACAUCAAAACUGGAAACCACAUCUUCAAAAUGUCUACAUUUGGGUAGAAAAAAUCAGGUUCUUCAGCAGGAGUUACUAUUGAUGAAAACUAUACAGAAGAAGUGUGUGAAACUAGAGAAGAACAAAAGGAAACUGGAGCAAGAAGUCGAAAGCCUCAGAAGUCACAUGGAGAAGAAUAUGGUGGAGCACAGUCAGGUGCAGCAGUAUAGGCGGGAGGUCGAAGAGCAAGCGAGGCAGGACUUGGUGGAGAAGUUAAAACAGGUCAACCUCUUCCUGCAGGCACAGGCAGCCUCUCAGGAAAACCUGGAGCAGUUGAGGGAGAGUAGUAACGCUUCAGUGAGGAGUCAGAUGGAGCUCCGGAUUAAAGACCUGGAGUCCCAGCUCUCCAGAAUGAAAAGUCAGGAAGACUUCGAUAAAAUAGAACUAGAAAAAUACAAGCAACUCUACCAAGAAGAACUCCGAGUUAGGAAAUCGUUGUCAAGUAAACUGAACAAGACUAAUGAGAGGCUGGAGGAGGCCAGCACAAAGCUGCUCCUGGAGGAACAGCAGAACAGAUCGCUGCUAAGCUCUCUCAGUACAAGGCCUAUUGUAGAGUGUCCUUGCAUUGGAGGUCUUCAUAAUAGUUUGGUAUUCAACAGAACUCUUAUUCCAAGAGAAAACAUAGUGAUUCCUUCUUCAAGCCUACAGCCAUCAAAUAAAAGAAUGGAAAUCUACCUGACCAAGAUGCACCAGGAGUUGGAAAAAAGUAUAAAUAGAGAACUUAAAGAAGCUGCUGCCGAGCUUGAAUCUGAGUUCUGCAGAGUUUCUCCCCUUGGAUCUGCUACUAAACCAGGUCAAGAUCUACUCUCAGAAGCAUCGCAAGAAUAUAUAGACAUUUUAAAGAAAAAAUAUACAAUCUGCUGAAUUUAAAAAAAGAAAGGAA